AUGACGAACAAAGAUGAACAAGUGGAACUAGCAAAAUUAGCUGAACACGCAGAACGAUAUAAUGAUAUGGUGACUGCUAUGAAAAAAGUCGUUGAAUCGAAUAGUGAACUAACAAAUGAAGAGCGCAAAAUGGCUGAAGAAGCGCAAGAUGCCUACAAGAAUGCUUUCGAUAUGGCCAAGAAUCAUAUGCCAGUAACGCAUCCAAUUCGACUUGGUCUUGCUCUAAAUUGCUCUGUCUUUUAUUACGAAAUUCGUAACGAACCGGAUGUAGCUUGUCGCUUGGCCAAACAGCUAUGGACUAGUGAUGAAUCUGGUAUCGACAAUAUAAAUGAAACUGAAGAACAGUAG